UCGACACGCUCUGCUGACGGCGGCAAGAUAUAUGCCAUCCUGAUCUGCAAGCCACACGUAGAUGCUGCUCCAACGCCUACCCUGGUCGUUACCAUCGCGGCAUCAGUGCGAGCAUGCUAUUCCGCGUGGCGCCGGCUACGAUGGCAGUCGUUGAUGCCGUCGAUCGCCACGCUAUCUACCUGA